UUCGUUGUAUGGUUAGUCACCAGUAUAUACGAUUGAGCAUAAUCUUUUAAUUACGUCAAUUUUGUGAUACGUUUAAUAUUAUUAUCAGUGAUUAUUGUCGUUAAGAGAAACAUUUUUUAAUGAAAUCGAUAACUUAAUCUAUUUUUAUAGAUGCAGUAAAAUAAUAUAACGAAGAAAGUGAUAAAAAUUGUUCAUUCAGUGAAAUCGAUUUAGACAUGCACCAAACAAAGUGAUUGUACAACUUAUUGUUCAUAUCGUACAUUAUUAUAUUAAGUCAAGGUCAAUUUUUUUGUAGUGUAUUAUUUUCCUCAAUGUGCCAAUUGUGAUUUAUAAAAUAUAUAUUGUUUAUGAUAUUAAUUACAAUGGGUAUUGGCUUAAAACCAUUAGAAUUUACUGAUUGUCUAACAGACAGUCCGUAUUUUCGUGAAAAUUUACAUUAUCAUGAGCGUGAAUUAGACAAAACAAGCCAACAAAUAAAACGACUUGUUAAAGAGGUCAAGGAUUUGUUAAUUGCUGCUAAAAAUUUGUCUAGAGCCCAGAGAGCAUUUUCAAAAACACUUCAAAACUUUAGUUUUGAAUGUAUUGGAGAAACACAGACUGAGGACGAAAUACAUAUAUCUCAGAGCCUUAAGGAAUUUGGUAAACUUAUAGCAUCAAUUGAAGAUGAAAGAGAUAACAUGCUUGAACGUGCUUACGAUCAAAUCAUCUUACCUUUGGAGAAUUUUAGAAAGGAACAUAUUGGAGGAGUUAAAGAAGGAAAGAAAAAAUUUGAAAAGCAAACUGUUAAAUUCUGUCAAAGUCAAGAACGCUAUUUAAACUUAUCAACUAAAAAACAAGACAAUGUGCUUCAAGAGGCUGAUGCUACACUUGAUAUGGCAGAGCGACACUUUUGUCAAGCUAGUUUAGAGUAUGUUUUUUUGUUGCAAGAAGUUCAAGAAAGAAAAAAAUUCGAAUUUGUUGAAACGCUGUUGAGUUUCAUGUUUGGAUGGUUGACUUUUUAUCACCAAGGACACGAAGUUGCAAAGGACUUCAAACCUUAUAUGACAGAAUUACAAUUGAAAAUACAAAAGACUAGAGAGAAUUUUCUUGCCACCCGGGAUAAAACUGAAUCACUUAUGAAUAAAAUGAAGGACAUGAAAAAGUCUGCAGUUGAAACUGGUAUAAGUAAAUUGAAUUCCCGUGAAGGAUAUUUAUUCCUUAUGGAAAAGAAGGCUUUUGGUGCAACAUGGACAAAGCAAUAUUGCACAUAUCAAAAAGACAAAAAAGAAUUUACAAUGAUACCAUAUAAUCAAUUAACUGGGAAAUUUAGUAAUAAAGAAACACUAAUAUUAGCAAGUUGCAUUCGUCGUAUGUCUGAUACGAUUGAAAAACGGUUUUGUUUUGAUAUUACUGCUGUUGAUAAACCAGGUGUUACGUACACUUUUCAAGCGCUAUCUGAAGAAGAUAGACGACUUUGGAUGGAUGCAAUGGAUGGAAAAGAACCAUUUUUCAAUUUACAGGCAUAUUGUUUACAAGGUUCAUCCAUAAAAUCUGAAGAAAAUAUUUUAGAUGAAAAUGGUUAUGCUUUUGUAGCUAAAUGUAUUACUGCUCUUGAAGAUAGAGGCUUGGAAGAACAAGGACUGUAUCGUGUAGUAGGAGUGGCAUCGAAAGUAAAUAAAUUAUUAUCCAUGGGAUUGGAUAAAAGGAAAUUAGAUAAACUUAAUCUUGAAGAUAAAUUUGAGUGGGAGAGUAAAACAAUCACUAGCGCACUUAAAACUUAUCUAAGAACAUUAUCCGAGCCAAUAAUGACAUUUCGCUAUUACAAUAGUUUUAUAAUAGCUGCCAAAUCUGAAUCAAGAGAAUCACGUAUACUUGAUAUACACACUCUUGUUUAUCGAUUACCAAAAGCUAACUUUAAUAUUUUGAUGUUACUCAUCAAACACCUCCGAAAUGUUGCAAAUAAAUGUGAAAAAAAUUUGAUGACAAUUGGAAAUUUAGCAGUAUGUUUUGGACCUACUCUAUUACGUCCUGAGGAAGAAACUGUAGCAUCAAUUAUGGAUAUUAAAUUUUAUAAUAUCGUAGUUGAAAUAUUAAUCGAAAAUUAUGAAAGAAUAGCAUCCGGGCCACCACAUGAAUUUACACGAUCUUCCCAAGUUUCAUCUCAAAAUUCAAUAAGCGCAUCAACAACAAGACUUGAUCAAGAAGAAAUUCAAGGUGCAACUGGCAAUGGGAAUGCUAUUAAUCGAUAUAGUAUACAUACUGCUAUUCCAGUUUCCCACUCUCAUCUCGUAACCAGGUCUUUUUAUGAUGGUCCAUCUGUUGUAACAAAACCAAUACCUGAUGAUCGCAAUGGUGAUUUAGAAGAUCUUGAGCAUGGAAUUCAACGUCUACCUCUGUAUUCUGACACUAGAAUAGGUCGAGGAAAAUUAACUAAUUCAAGUUAUAUAUAUCAUUCAACUGAUAAAGUACUUGGUAGUGGUAAUACAAGUAGUUCAAGUGAAUCAGUAUCAUCAGACUCUCAUCUUUUUACGUCAGACUUACCAUUAAAACAUAAACGAGGACCUAUGAUGGGUAUGCAUUAUCCAUCUGGAUACGCACAACGUAGUAAUCCUUCAAUAUCUAUGUCUAAUACUUCUCCAACAAGCGGUCGAUCGAGUCCAGGACAGACAUCAGGGAUAUGGAGAGUCCGAACUCUUUAUGCUUGUAUGGCAGAAAAUGAUGGAGAGCUUUCAUUUGAGCCUAAUCAGAUUAUAACAAAUGUUAAACCAUCACUUGAGCCUGGUUGGCUAGAGGGUACUUUGAAUGGAAAAACAGGACUUGUACCAAAAAAUUAUGUGGAACAACUACCCUAAUAGCGAGUAUACCAAAGACAUAAUUAUUAUUAUACAAGCGUUUUUGAUAUAUUUUAAGAAAAAAAAAAACAUUCCUACAAGUAUUUAUUUAUAAGGUAAAUAUAAGUUUAAAAUUAUCGUGUGAUGAUUGUUAAGAAUUUUGAUAAUUAAUUACAUAACAUGUAUUUAAUUGAUGGGAGCACAAUGAGCCCAAAGAAUAUAUACGUUGACUGUAUAUAAUUAUUAAGUUCAUACUGAUAGUUUGAUAUUUUAUAAAUGAUUAAUUUUUAAUAAUUUAUAUAUUAAUACAAUUAUUAAUAUAUUUCGAAUGACUUUUAAUAUGUAAAUAUGUUGUGUAUAUACAUACGACAUAUUUCAUUAAAUAAUAAAUUCAAUAGGCAUUUUAAGAUAAA